AGAGUAGAGGCAUUGUAAAGUCUCCCAAUGUCAACCAACACAAGCCCAGCACAAUUCAUUCCCAAACAGAAGAAGAGAAGUUGAAAGGAAAUGGAUAUUACGAUCGAAGCCGUACUGCCGGAAGAGUGCAUCUCCGCCAUAAUUUCCUCAACAUCCCCUCCCGAUGCGUGCAGGUGUUCGCUACUCUCCCGGAUCUUCAGAUCGGCUGCAGGUUCGGAUCUCGUGUGGGAGAGGUUUUUGCCACCGGAUUAUCAGCAGAUCAUUUCUCAAUCGGAGUCGUCCGUGUCAUCGCUUUUGAAUGUCCUGCCCAAGAAGGAUAUUUAUUUCCAUCUCUGCCGUAAUCCCAUCCUGAUCGGCAACGGUAACACGAGCUUCGCAAUUGAUAAAUGGAGUGGGAAAAAGUGUUACAUGCUGGGAGCGAGGGAGUUAUGUGUAAUAUGGGGACACGAUGCGCGUUACUGGAAGUGGGUUUCUUCAGCUGAGUCGCCUGUUUUUGCCCAGUCCAGAUUCUCGGAGGUGGCUCAUCUUCUACAUGUGUGUUGGCUUCUCAUAGGACGUAGAAUUGAGACUAAUAUCUUGUCCCCAAACACAAGAUAUGGCGCCUACUUCGUUUACACUUUAGUGGGAGAUCAUUUCAAUGGGUUUGACCGCCCAGUGAAGGUGUCCAUUAAAUUUGAAAAUGAGAACGAAGGCAAUGCUACCAAUGACGCUUAUUUGUUACCGGAUACACCAGGAGGACAGAAUGGACAAGUUCCACGCCGGAGAGAGGACAUGUGGUUGGAGGUUGAGAUUGGGGACUUCUUCAAUGGCCAAGUUGAUAGGGUGGUGGAUAUGCAAUUGGGGGAGACUAGAGUCCUUAACGGGAAGUCCGGCCUUGUUGUCCAUGGCAUCGAGCUUCGUCCAAAAGAGUAAACAUAGCAAGGGAAAUAGUUUUGUUAUUGAUUAUUGGAAUUUUCUUUUGGGAAAAAUUCAAAAUCAGUUCAUAUCGUUUCAUUGGGUGGGUUGUUUAUUUUGGUUAAGAUGUACGUUGUGUGUUGUAUGUACGUAUCACUUGAUGCCCAAAACUUAUAUAUUUUCAAUAAAGUUCUAUAUAUAGAUUAUGAUCAUA